UCAUAAUAUUUCAGACCACUAUAAGCACGUGAUCACGAAGUGAUGUGAUCACGGACCACUAUAAGCACAUGGUCACGGAGUCGCAUAGAUUACGUAAGAUUACGUAACAUUUAUGUGUGUUGUAGCUCUCUGCUAUUUUAGAAAUUCUUGCAUCACGUGUGUAAAUACGCGUAACUUUAUGUUUCUUUUUAUUAUUCCUAAUUCUUUUAUUAUUCUUUAUCUUUUAUUUUAAAUAUCAAAUUACGAUCAUUUUAAUAAAUCGUAUCAAUAAAUGCCAGUAAUACCGUCCUGAUCAAUAAAUGUCAGCAAUAUCGUACCGUACCAGUCGAUCGAUAUAAAACUCGCAAUUCGCUGCGAGUUUGCUUAACACAUCAUUACUCGAACCGGUUGUGUCCACCAUAACCGCACGACGACGGCUUAAAAAAACGCGGAUAGAGCAGAGAUACGUCGUCACGCGAGGUGGAAAUAAAGCGAACGCGAAACCAGAUGAGAGUGCUCGUCGAGAUAAAUAAGUACCCUUAUUUCGCGCGAACAGAAGAAGCAUCGGGAGAGUUAUCGCGACUUUAAGCUCGUAAUAGCACGCUUUACCACUCCGUACGUGACUCGAGCGAGGCUGCAGCCUCGCCUAUGUAAAUACAUAGGCUAUUUAAUUGCGAACCCAUAGACAUGCGCUUCUUCGACGUGACAAAAGCACGUACGUGAUAUCUUGUCGCAUGAGUUUAAUAAUCGCUGUAUGUAUCAUCACGUGGAAAUUAAAUACUGUGCACGUUUGUAGGAUAAACAUGUCCGAUUUUAUAAUUUAUCAGGCCGAGCUGUCUCGACGGCCUAUCAGCAUGCGAGUUGAUAGCUCUAAGCGAGCGAUGGUUUAUUUUGCGGCGUUCCUGUGAUCAGAUGACGAUACGGUCACAGGGUGGUCCAUCGUGGCGACGAUUCUUUGUUUGCAAGCGUAUAAAAGCAACGUGUCCGAACAUGGGCACUCAUUCGCGAAUCACUAACGAAUCACUCGUGAGCCACCCGUUGCAAGAUACUUUGUCGCGAGUCAGUCAUCCUGAUACCUUUGUAUUAUUCUCCAAUAAAGUAUUUAUCUACGUACGUGUUCCUCAAUCAAUUUACAAAUCAGAAGUGUGUAAGGUAAAUGUAAAUCAUAGUUCGCGCUCUUGAGAUAAGCGAUAGUACAUAGCGGAUGUCGCGAGUAGCGCGGGGGUCGCGGCGCGUCAGAACACGUCGAGCGGUUAGAGCGGCAAUACGUUGUACACGUUGCAAGAAAGAUUAAACCGCGCAGUUAUUCAGUAAACCCUCUUGUUUCUCCUGAAGUAUACCUUAAAGUAUCAGAAGUGGGAUUCGCCCAUACGCACACAAGUGUAAGAUCUGGAAAGAUAGUCGAGACUGACAGGUCGUAUAGAGGAUCAGAAUGAAAACAAGUUGGUCACAACAGUAGGAGUAUUGGCCGUACAGCCUAAGACCUAGGCGUGUGAACCAGGGAUCCCGGAGAGUUCGAGUUCAAAUCUAAGGCAGUCUCCUAGUUAUUUUUCGCCUCUUACACAAGUGACUAGUCGGUGCACUGAAGAAACUAUCGGAAAUUCAUUCGGUCCGAGUACCGGUAGACGCCCUGACGAUAGAUUAUGUGCGCGAAGAAGUGAGUGCCGUUGUCUUGCAAGAGAAUUCAAUUAAGGUUGUCACGAGUUCCUCACGGAAGUAACAAGACAAUGGAGAACAAUCUGAAGAAAAUCACGAUACCUCAGCUCAAGGCCGAGUUACAGAGGCGAGGGCUGCCGACCAGCGGGACAAAGAAAGAUCUCAUCGAUCGUUUGGACCAUAAUGAUCCUAAUAGAGGAUGGAUCGACAGAAUUGUGCGUGCCGAAACCGUCGAGAUCGCUCAGGAUAUCGUUCCGGAUGAAGGUGAAGCAUCAGGUGUGUCUGGAGGGAACAGAAGCGACACAGAAGACGACAUGACAAGGUUAGCGCACGGCAGCAGCAAUCGCGCGGGAAAUGUCGAGCGAAGGUCGUCGGCAUUUCACCAAGGCGCUAACGAUCCGGAUGUUAACGAAUUAGCGCGUCGAUAUCGUAACAUGCAGCUCGAGGUCGAGUUCGAACGACGUGAAAAUGCGUGUUUAAGAAGAGAGUUGGAUAUCGCCAGACGAGAAAAAGAAGAGCUACAACGAACCAGACGGUUAUAAAUUGAAGGGGAAGGCGAAAAGUUGGUUUCAAGCAGAGGAUACGAUUACCAUGAGCCUUGAUGAAAUAAUGGACGGCUUCCGGAAAAUGUUAAGGAAGACAUUUGAAGCAAGAAAAUGGGAGACAUCGGAAAAUUUCGCUGACUAUUUCUACGACAAGGUGGUGCUGGCGGAGGAAGUUCCAAUCGACGAGAAAGACAUGGUCAAUUACCUAAUUGAUGGUAUUCCAAGCGACUUGCAAGAUUUGGCAAGAAUGAAAGAGUUUUCCACGAAAGAAGAUAUGUUAAAAGCGUUCGAGAAAGUUGAAGCUCAACGCGAGGAACAAUACGAAACGUGAUCCACGGCAGUAAGACACGACGCCAAGCCGGCCGAUUCGUUCAAAGAUAGCGGAAAGAAGGACGAGAAACAGACGAUCAACGACGAGAAGAAAAUUAAGAGUUUUCGUUGUUACAACUGCAACAAGCUGGGACAUCUGGCUACCGAGUGCCAACAGCCAAAACGUGAAAAAGGAGCGUGCUUCAAAAGUGGCGAGACGGGCCACAAGUCCAAGGAUUGCUCAACGAAGGUGACGCCAUCAUCGCAGGUUGCAGUCAUCACUGAGGUAGCGGACAAAGCAGAGGAGGAUCAGGUUUGCGCCAUCACCAGCGGUGCGGAGGACGAGGGAACGUUCUUCAGAUAUGUCGAUUACGAGAUUGACUGUUUCGGUAACAAAGAGACAAUUAGAUUAAAGACAUUAAUGGACACAGGUAAUAAUAAGUUAGCUUUAUAAAAGAAUGUUUCGUUCCGCGAGAAGUGAUAGAAUUGAUGAACCACCGGGAAAUUAUAGUGGUAUUAAUAAUUCUCCGUUGCGAGUGCUAGGACAGGUGCGCUUAAAUAUUACUUUAGAUAACGAAACUAAAGAUAAUAUAGUAAUAUUCGUUGUUUCGGAUACGACAAUGGUAAGCCUUAUAGUGUUAGGCCGUGAUGUAAUCAAAAGCUUUGGUCUAGGGUGUGACAGUGUAAGUUUAUUCCCCCAACGUCGACGUGAUCCGGCUCGUCGGAAGUAUUUGUAAUAAUACAAAUAUUGUAAAUAUUUUAUUAUAUAUAUAUUUAUUUGGUAAAUGUUCGUGUUUAUAUGUGGUUCUAUUUUUUCUAUACACUAUUAAUAUGUCAUUGAAAUUCUUGAAAUUAUUGAAAGUUAUCAUUGAUUUUUGAAACUGUUGUAUGAAUUGUUAAAUUAUUGUAUUAUAUUAUUGAAUUGUUGCACUAUAAACCUUGUACUGCUCAUAUUUCGACAAACGGGAGGUUCUCUCAAUGCUGGUCACCGAAUUGUGGACGAAGGAGACGCAGUGAGAAGGCGACCGAUGUGGACGGGAGCGAAGAGAGAACAGCGAGGUGUGUUUCCACCCAUAGAACGGACGAGGAUGGACGAUGACCAGGGGCGUAUGCCCAAUUAUAUCGACUGUCAGCAUCAAAUAUCGAUUGACAUCGAUCCAUCGAUGGCAAGGAACGCAUGCGCAAAUGACCGACGGCACCGUACCCGGUCUAUGCUCGAAGGAGCAGGAUCACCGUGUGGCACUCUUGUGAUGGCUGUGCUUAUCUAACGUUAACAGGAUCCAGGAGUCAACUCCCGAGAAGCCGGAUCGCCGUUUGAUAAAAUACUAUCAUCCGUAGACGGUUACAGUUGAGACUGCAAAAUAAUAUACCCACUAAAGGCUGACAGAGUAAGAGACCUCCCGUCGCGAAUUGCGAGUACUCUAAACUUGUACAAUUCUGCCUAAAGCAAAUUUAUAUUAUAUAGUAUUGGAAGUUUCAUCUAACGUUUUUAUUUAUUUCUCAAUCAUAUCUUGUCGAUCGUCUAUAUUAUGUAGAGUAUAGUAUUGUUCCGAUAGUCAAUAUUAUAUAAAAAGGGUCCUCCCAAUUAUCCACCCCCUGAGACCUUAUUAAUUUUACUGGUUUUAUAAAAAUCAGUUGGCGCCCAGUACAUAUAUCGUCUUAUUAUAUUUUAAUAAAUUAGCGACUUGACAGCCGCGGACCCGGCCGCGUCAGGUGAAGCCGAGUAACAAAAAAAUACCGGUCGCAAGGCUGCGAAAAGUGGAAACUCAAGCAAUAGCCGAUAUUUUAAAUAUCGAGAUAAGUGAGUCGCGUAGCGAAAUAGCGGACUCUUUGAAUAUCAACACCAAUGUACCGUAUGAAGUGCAAUUAAGUUUGCGAGAACUUUUUUUGUCCGAAUACAGCCAAAUAGUCCAAAAGUGGAUAUGGAAUUAAAGUUGCAUUUGACGAAUGAACAACCAUUCCAUUUUAAUCCGCGUCGAGUAUCUGUCGCGGAUCACUAACGAAUCACUCGUGAGCCACCCGUUGCAAGAUACUUUGUCGCGAGUCAUCCUGAUACCUUUGUAUUAUUCUCCAAUAAAGUGUUUAUCUACGUA